AUGAAUAGAAUAUUUCGACCGAGUAUAGAAACCUUCAUCUUAAUUAUCAUUGUCUCGCUGAUCACGCUCACAAUUUUCAUGAUCUCACUUAAUGAAUCCUUCCCCGGCAAGUUCAUUGCAUGGCAGAUUGCACACCCAAGCGAUUAUCCUGACGAUGAGGAGACGUUUAGAAAUACAAAAAAGAAAGUUUUUGAUUCCUAUGAACUUCCUCCUCUCCUAAUAAAACCUGCCAAGUCUCAAAAUUCUUCAGUGGAGCAAAAUGGAAGAGAAAAAAAAGUAAGAGACCCACGACUCGGCCAGCUGAGAGGAGGCAGAUCUAGCUGCAUCAUCUACAAUCCAGACAUGUACAUAGACUAUACCUUCACAAACUGCCUUCGAAUGCAAGUUGAACCAUACCAGCCUUACAUAUGCACUCACGAUCUGAACACCGACAUCCAUAUCUCCUUCCAACUUCAGCGAGAUAGCAUUUGGGAGAAAGAGAUGAUUGACAGGUUCAAGGACAUUUUGAUAGCCCAUUCUGAUCUUGGGGUUUAUGACAUAGGUGCUAACAUCGGUGUCUACACGAUGGUCGCUGCAAGUAUGGGUCACAAGGUCGUCGCCGUGGAACCACAUCAGCCUAAUUUGUAUGAGCUGGGGAAAGCCUUGCGGAAGAAUAAGUUGGAAAAUGAGGUUAUUGUGUUGAGAAAUGCGGUAUCUAACAGACAUGGAACAUACGAACUGAAGAUACCACUUGACAACCAGGGGGGUGUACGACUCACAUCACAAGAUGCAGACAAGUACUGUGACGACACAACAUGCCCGAAGCACGCUGAGAACAUAGUCCUAAACGACCUUUUAGAUGUAACGAACUUCAAACGAGCCAUCAUCAAGAUAGACAUAGAAGGCCAUGAACACAAAGCUAUGAGGAAAAGUAGUAAACUGUUCAAGACGGUCCAAAUAACACACAUCAUCAUGGAAUGGCAACAUGUUAGAAAUUAUUACGGAACACAUAACGACGAAAACGACGAAAAAACAAUGGUGAAUGAGAUGAUAGGUACGUUGAAUUCACGAGGAUUUCAUGCCGAGCACAUAACUACAGGCGCCCUUUUGAGUUUGAAACAUUGGUAUGGUUGGCCGGACAACGUACUCUGGGUGCACGACAACACUACCAAUACAAGAUAA